GCAUCGCCGGUUAUCGCGCCCUUCUCCUUGCCUGCAAUUCGAUCCUCUCCUGAAUCCUUAUCGAUACCUCUCAGCAUGGCCACUGCAGAGAAAAAGAAAGAAGAACAACCUGCCAUUCAGCCGGACGAGUACUCGGAUGGCGAUUACGAUACAGAUGACUAUUCACUGUCCGAAGACGAGCAGGAUCAGAAACCCCAGCGUCCGAACCGACAGCAAGCUCGACGACGCCGACAGCAGCAACGCAAGCGUCAAAACGACGAGUAUGAGGAUGAAAGUGACUAUCUUUCCGAUGAAUACGAUGACGAUGACUAUGAUGAUGCGGAUCAGGGCAAUGCCAUGCAGCCAUAUAAGCGCGGCACACAGUCCCUAACACAGGGCACGAUCACAAACGGAGCCAUGACGGACGCUCCAGGACAAGGGAAAAACGAUGAUGAGCAGGAUGGCCUCAAACUGAAACUGGAGCUGAACCUUGACAUCGAGGUAGAACUCAAAGCCCACAUUCACGGAGACUUGACACUGUCGUUGCUGCUCGAAAUAACUCGAAAAGAGUAUAAGCUCUGGACAACCACAUGGUUCAACCAACAGGUCACCACGGAAACCCACCUAACAGCAACAAUGGCCGCAUCCAACGACGACAAAUCUGCGUCGAGCAAAAACUUCAUUAUCAACCACAUGAACGCAGACCACCAGAAAUCGCUGGCGAUGUACCUCCGCGUCUAUUGCCAGGUCGCCGAUGGAGACGCCAAAGCCGCACGAUUGGAAGACAUCACUCUGUCUGAUCUGCUCAUCAGCGCCAAGGGCACCCGCUACAGCGUGCCCCUAGAUCCACCCAUGAAAACACUUUCCGAUACUCGACAGCGCGUGGUGGCAAUGCACAAGGAGUGUCUUGAACGGCUAGGGCUUUCGGAUAUCAUCAUCAAAGAGUAUAGAGCACCCCGAGGGUGGGAGGCCAUAAACUUUGCUGUGGUCGUAGCUACGUUAAUUGUGUUUUCUCGACGCAGCAAUUUCUUGCCUGGGUCAUUGCUCUACGAGACGGCUGGCCUUGACAGGUUCCCAGCAUUCACUCAGUUUUGUCACACCGUCCAGCCCAUUCCAGGUACGCUUCUGCUGGGCAUUCAUGCUAUUGAAGUGGUUCUGCUUUCGGUGAAGCGCUUGAAACCUCACGGGGUGCCGUUUUUGUCCGGUGUAUGGUUUGCGUGGGUAGCAACCAUUAUGAUUGAGGGGGUAUUUGCAUUCCGGAGAUUUGAUCGGAUGGUGAAGGAAGAGCAAGUGAAGAAGGAGCAUCGCAAGUAUCCCCUCGAAACAGCAAACAUGGGUAUUUCUCGCGACUCCCGCCACAAGCGCUCGGCUACCGGUGCGAAGAGGGCCACUUACCGCAAGAAGAGGGCGUUCGAGAAGGGUCGCCAGGCCGCCAACACCCGUAUCGGCUCCAAGAGAAUCCACCUGGUCCGCACCCGUGGUGGCAACCGCAAGUUCCGUGCCCUCCGUCUCGACUCCGGUAACUUCUCCUGGGGUUCUGAGGGUAUCUCCCGCAAGACCCGUGUCAUCGUUGUCGCCUACCACCCUUCCAACAACGAGCUGGUCCGUACCAACACCCUGACCAAGUCGGCCGUUGUCCAGAUUGAUGCCGCUCCUUUCCGUCAAUGGUACGAGGCCCACUACGGCCAGCCCCUCGGCCGUAGACGCCAGCAGAAGACCGAGACCACCGAGGAGAAGAAGAGCAACAGCGUUGUGAAGAAGCAGGCUGAGCGCUUCGCCGAGAGCGGCAAGGUCGAGUCUGCCGUCGAGAGACAGUUCGAGGCCGGUCGUCUCUACGCUGUCAUUGCUUCCCGCCCUGGCCAGAGCGGUCGUGUUGACGGUUACAUCCUGGAGGGUGAUGAGCUUGCUUUCUACCAGAAGGCUAUCCGGAAGUAAAAAGGGAAAAUCGUGUUGUAAAAGGGUGGUAUCGGAGUUUCAGCAAUUUUUUCCAGAAUACAUUUAUGAUCUCUGGGGCACUACGGGUGCAUUGUGUGUAGAGCUCUGAGCUGUCAGCAAUGGAAUGAUCCUCGUUAUGUUCUGUCGAAUUUGAAUAAUUUUUCCUUUUCU